AUGAAUAUAGCAGAAAUCUCUUAUACUGACUUAGAAAAAUUAGUAUAAAUUUUAGUUGGAAACACAUUAGAUUUAUGGAAUACUUAGAAAAAUUUAAUAGUUGACAAAGUUAGAAAAGGCUAAGAAUUGGUUGAGUUAAGAAGUUAACGCUUUUGA